CGCCCCGCCUCCCCUGCCCUUGCAGCCGAGCGAGUUGUCCGAACCCUUACGUCAUUGUCCCUAUUAGCCAAUCCUGGGCGGAGGGGAGGAGCCCUGAGCUCAGCUGCGGGGGAUGAGAAGGAGAGAAAGAAAGAGGGAAGUGGAUGCAACGUGCAGCCGUCAGAGAAAGGGGGCCGGACGUCGCCCGAGGACUAGGGGUGGGUGGUACACGUGUGUUUUGUGUUCGUGUGAAUGCAGCCAGAGAGUGGAGUAGAGGACAUAUUGGUGUAGGAGGAGUCAGUUGCUGCAAAUCGAGGUGGGUCGGUCUGGAGUGUGUGUUUAUUAUGGUAGAGAGAAAUUAUAUCGGUGGCAACUAAAGGAGGCCUUGAACUAGGGUUAGGGGGUGCGUUGUAGAACCAGUUGGGGGGUAACAGGAGGGCAAAUUGGGGAAAUUGUUCCAAGGGUAGUAUAUGGGGGGGCGAGGUUGCACGUUACAGACAGGAAGAGAUAUGUCAUCGAGGGGUUGGAAGGCAUAUUUGCUGGGGAGGUUCUGGGGCAGUUGGGAAGAGUUUCUGUGAUGUACUUUACUCAUCAAUUACUGCAUUUAUAUCCUCCAAGGAGCUGAAGUGUGGUGUCCAUGUUAUCCUCGCAACAACCCUGCGAGGUAAGGCAGAGCUGGUGACUGGAGUCACCCACAGCGAAUUUUGUGGCACAGGGGGGAUUUGAACCUUGGCCUCCCAGAUCAUAGUCCAACACUUUUACCACUAUGCCACCGAAGGCUUUCAUUGUGAUCACAAAUAAUCCCUGGUCUUUACAGGGGGUACGGAGUGGGUGUGGCUGGCUAGGUGCAAAUAACAUAGUAAAGUGAAUGGGGGGAGGGAAGAGAGCAAUCUUCCCUGAAGGGGGUGGUUGGUGGGGUGACCAGACAGGGGAAUUGUGUGAUCACUUGAACUCAAUAUAGACUGCAUGCAAACCACCCAUUUAAAGGACACACACCCCAAGAAAUCAUGGGAACUGUAGUUUUGAUAGUGAUGUUGAGAACUGUAGUUCUGUGAGAAGGCAUACUACGUAAAUUUCCCAGGAUUCUUUGGGUGGGUAAAUGUACCGUACUUUAAAUAUAUUGUGUAGUCACAACCCCAUUAAGUGUUGGCUACUUUGCUGAGCACCUCAGGUUGUGCAACAAUUGCUUAACAAGCCACAUUCAUGAAGGCUUCCAGACUGCGUUGUGUGGGCUGAAAAAUGUAUUCUCAUGUGUGUUAAUAAUGGCAACCAGGAGUGGCAGCAGAGACUCAUCUGGGGGUGGGAAACUUUCAAUUGCAAGUAAAUAUAUGGGCUGGGGAGGUAUUUUGAGGGGACGACAAUUUCAGAGUGGAACAUUUCCUCUCUAUGAUUAAGGUGCACAUGGUGAGGUUAAUUUCUUGAUUUCAUAAAAUUUAUAUACUACUUGGUUGUAGAAAACCUCAAAGCGUUUACAAAAAGUUUAUUAGUUAAAAAAGCACACCUAAAAAUAAAAACUAGCAAUUAACUAAAAACACAUAAGUAUUCUAAAUAUCAUGUUAACCCAUAUAUUUAUAUUAAUUUCUAUUAUUAAAUUUAUUUAUUUAUUACACACACACACACACCUCCCACCUGUUCUCUGAGGCGCUCAAAGUGUACACAUUCCCCUCUCCAGUUUGACUGGGGUCACAUCCAUGCCUUGCCUUUAAAGAAUCCUGGGAACUGUAGUUUGUUAAGAGUGCUGGGAAUUAUAGCUCUGUGGCGGGUAAACUACACUUCCUGGGAUUCUCUUGCAGGAAGCCAAGUGCUUUAAAUGUAUACUGUUAGAGGUGCCAUGGAUACCUUCAGCCAGCCCACUUGUUUUUGUUUUUUUUAAAAAUAAUAUUUAUUAAAGUUUCAAAAGAAGAAAAAUCACAUUAAUAAUAAUAAAAAAAUAACAAUAAAAAGGAAAAAUACAAAGUAGAAAAAAGAAAAAACAGUUAAAAACAAUUCCAUCUUUUCUUCACUUCUUUUACGUUUACUUGUUUCCCGGACCUCCUCAUACCUCCCUCUUUUGUAUUCCAAUUCAAUUUGUUAAUCCAACAAUUCCUUUCCCUCCUUUUUAGUCCUAAUCUUUAAUCUUGAUAUAUUAUAACAUUAAAUUUUUACAUAUUAAAAACCAGUUUUUCCAUAUUCUUUUGUACCUAUACUGCUAGAAACCACUUAACUUCAAUCCAACAUCAUUCUAACAUUCAUUAAUUUUGCAAUAUUUCUGUAAAUAGUCUUUAAAUUUCUUCCAAUCUUCUUCCACCGACUCUUCUCCCUGGUCUCGGAUUCUGCCAGUCAUUUCCGCCAAUUCCAUAUAGUCCAUCAAUUUCAUCUGCCAUUCCUCCAGUGUGGGUAAGUCUUGUGUCUUCCAGUGCUUUGCAGUAAGUAUUCUUGCUGCUGUUGUAGCAUACAUAAAGAAAGUUCUGUCCUUUUUUAACACCGAUUGGCCGACUAUUCCCAGGAGAAAGGCCUCUGGUUUCUUCAAGAAGGUAUAUUUAAAUACCUUUUUUAGUUCAUUAUAAAUCAUCUCCCAGAAAGCCUUAAUCCUUGGGCACGUCCACCAAAGGUGAAAAAAUGUACCUUCGGUUUCUUUACAUUUCCAACAUUUAUUAUCGGGCAAAUGAUAGAUUUUUGCAAGCUUGACUGGUGCCAAGUGGGUGCCAGCCCACUUGUUAUCUCUCGGCCCAGCCAACCUCUCAGGGUUGCUGUGAGAACUGAAGACGGCUGUCAAUAUGGAUGCCACUGUGAGCUCCUUGGAGGAAGAGAUGUAAACCGCUUUGAGGUUUUCAUUGCAGCCAAGCAGUAUAUGAAUGUUGUGGAAUAAUAAAUGUAAAAAUAAUAAUUUGGGGGGCAUGGUGUUGUGGGUGACCCCCUGUACGUAACCGGAUCCUUUGCCCGACUCUCUCUAGAAUCCCAAUGCAGAGGACCGUGGCUGUCCUUGGUGGGGGGGUGAGCGGCCUGGCAACCUGCUACUACCUCGCCAGAAGCCCCCAGGCACCCAAGGUGAGUGUGGGACUGUCUGUGAGGUACUGUUGCUCUCUGGAGGGCAAGGCCCGGAGGGAAACAGCACUGCAUUUGCUGCUUAAGUUGGCAAUUGUGUGUGGGGGGGGGUGACCAAGGGCACAGCUUUAGACAAGCAUGGCAUCCCCCGCAAAGGAUUCUGGGAGCUUCCAUUUGUUCAGAGUGCUGAGAGUUGUUAGGAGACUCUUGUUCCCCUCACGGAGCUACAGUUCCCUGGGAAGAAGGGCUGAGCAUUAAACACAGAACUGCAGGUCCGUGAGGGGAACUGGGAUGUGCUAAUAGUUCUCAGUACAGUGGUACCUCGGGUUACAGAUGCUUCAGGUUACAGACUCCGCUAACCCAGAAAUAGUGCUUCAGGUUAAGAACUUUGCUUCAGGAUGAGAACAGAAAUCGUGCGGUGGUACCUCAGGUUAAGCACAGUUUCAGCUUAAGAACGGACCUCCAGAACGAAUUACAGUGGUACCUCAGGUUACAUACGCUUCAGGUUACAGACUCUGCUAACCCAGAAAUAGUGCUUCAGGUUAAGAAGUUUGCUUCAGGAUGAGAACAGAAAUCGGGCUCCAGCGGCACGGCAGCACCCAUUCGCUAAAGUGGUGCUUCAGGUUAAGAACAGUUUCAGGUUAAGUACAGACCUCCGGAACAAAUUAAGUACUUAAACCAAGGUACCACUGUACCCUUAACAACUCUCCUCACCUGGGUGCUGUUCUGGAGUUUCUCUCAACACCUAAUUUGCAGAAUUCAAGGGGAGCAGAGUGGGGAAAGGCCCCAUUGUACAUUUCUGAGCACAAUUCGAAGUGUUGGCGUGGACCUUUAAAGUCCUAAACAGCCUCAGCGCUGUAUAUCUGAAGGAGCGUCUCCACCCUCAUUGUUCAGCCCAGACACUGAGGUCCAUCUCUGAGGGACUUCCACUGGUUCCCUCACUGUGAGAAGUGAAGGGAAGCAGGCAGAGGGCCUUCUCGGUUGUGGCGCCGGCCCUCCCGUCAGAUGUCAAGGAAAUAAAGAACUGUGUGACUUUUAGAAGACAUCUGAAGGCAGCCCUGCAUUAGGAGGUUAUUAAUAGUUAAUGUUUUAUUACGUUUUGGUAUAUGCUGGAAGCUGCCCAGGGUGGCUGAGGCGACCCAGUCAGAUGGGCAGGGUGCAAAUAAUAAAGUUGUUGUUGAAGCUCUUGUAUGGGUUUCUAUAACAGAACCCAUAUGUUGGAUCUGGCCCAUAGGAAACAAGGAAGAUGUUUCUGAUAACAGUCAGCCCAGGAUCCUGAUAAACAUGGGUCCCAUUUGAUGCUGUUCGGUCACAUUCUCAUGCACACACUAGUGUUCAAAAUCCCCCAAGUGCAUUUUGCGAUUGCAAACAGUCCACUUGCGACCAAAUGGAGAUGUCCCGUUGCCAACUUGGCAUCUCCAUCUUCUGGCUGGCACGCAGAAAAAAAUUCUGCUGCCAUACCACCUACGCAGCAGCAAACUUGGUGAGAGAAUUGCUUUCCAGGGUAGAAACAACAACAACAAUAAUAAUAAUGAUAAUAAUAAUAAUAAAAUUACAUUGUAAAAAUAAUUGUGGUGACCAUAACCUAGAUUUAAGGUGCCAUUUGGCAAUUAGCUUAUAUAUCUGAGGUUUUUUUAACACUGACACAUACCCCACCCUUUCUCUGUCCAGGUAAUCCUUUUAGAAAGCAGCAGCCGUCUCGGAGGAUGGAUCCAUUCCACCCGUACAGAAGAUGGGGCGGUUUUUGAACAUGGGCCCAGGGGGAUCCGCCCUGCUGGGGCCGUGGGAAAGAACACCCUCCUUAUGGUAUGUAUUUUGUAAAUCGGAAGCCCUUUACAAUCAAGCAGUAUAUCAGUUGUACGAAAUAAAAUAAAUUGAUAAGUUGAGGCCCUUGAUAGCUCAGUUGGUAGAGCAUGAGACUAUUAAUCUCAGGGCCGUGGGUUCGAGCGCCUCAUUGGGCAAAAGAUUCCUGCAUUGCAGGGGGUUGGACUAGAUGACCCUUGGGGUCCCCUUCGACUCCACAAUUCUGUGAUAUAUGCCUGGCAAGAUACUCCCAGCUGUGCUAGCCUGUCACUGGAAACAUGGCCACUUGACCCAGAGACAGAUGAUACUUAAACCUAGUGGACUGCUUCUGAAAUCACCUGCUUGCCCAUUCUCUCUUAUUACUGGUUUUCCUAAUUAUUACAAAUUAUUAUUAUAAUUAUAUUAUUACAAAUUAUUACAAAUCAGUCCGAAUUCCUUUAAUUUAAUACAAUUGCUCUUUUUUUAAAAAAAUCAGGUUUCCCACUCCUGUUGCAAACAUAUGUCCAUUACUUCCCCGUGCAGCCACUUCAUUCUUCUUUAAUCUCCUCUUAAUCCUUCUCUUGAAUUCUCUUCCAUUUUGAGAAUUAGCAAGGGAAGGACCUGCUUGCCAGUUCUCAAAACAGAAUUGGUUUGCCUCAAGCCGUAGGUCAGGCGCCAGAACCCUUUGGCUUUCCAGAUGCUGCUGAACUACAGCUCCCAUCAGCCCCCAGCAAGCAUGGUGGGAAUUGCGAGGCCACCGGGGUUUGAACCUGGGAGAGGAUGCUCUGCUACUCAGCGACGACACUUCCCCAAAAGCUGAUCUGGGCGGCAUUGGCUGCUGUUAUCCAUGCAUCAUCGUCUACAAAUGGUCAUGGGUCGUUUUAUCUUUAGAAAGUUCGGUGUCGACUUUCUAAGUCCCACAGACUGCAAAUCAUUUCAGAUCCGCAUUGCUCGGGGAGCGAAACAGCCCCCAUAAGCAGUCAUGUUUGCUAUACAGUGGUACCUCGGGUUAAGAACUCAAUUCGUUCUGGAGGUCCGUUCUUAACCUGAAACUGUUCUUAACCUGAGGUACCACUUUAGCCAAUGGGGCCUCCCGCUGCUGCUGCGCCACUGCCACACGAUUUCUGUUCUCAUCCUGAGGUAAAGUUCUUAACCUGAGGUACUAUUUCUGGGUUAGCGGGGACUGUAACCUGAAGUACCACUGUAAUACACUAUUUUGAAGUCGAGCAUCUGCACUGGGGUUAAAAGGGUUGCGAUUCCUUUCUAGGUCUCUGAACUCGGACUUGACGCAGAUGUCCUUCCUGUCCCCGGUGACCACCCAGCAGCCAAGAACCGCUUCCUCUAUGUCCGCGGAGCCCUCCAUAAACUCCCCUCGAGUAUCAGGUACCGUAUUUUGCGCCCCAUAGGAUGCACCGGCCCAUAGGACGCACUUAGUUUUUUGGGGGGAAAUAAAGAAAAAAAAUUUAUUUUCCCCCCCCAGGUGCGGGGCUGGAAGAACCAGGUCGGGGAACAGCGGGUGGGGCUGGCGAUGGGGAGAAGUGCGCUGAGCCUGGGACUGCAGGCAGCUCUGCGCGGCCAUCGGGAGCUGGGCGGGACUUCGCGCCCGGCUCCCGAUGGCCGUGGAGAGCUGCACUGAGCCCGGGACUGCAGGCGGCUCUGCGCAACCCUCGGAGCCGGUCUCCCAAGGGUUGCGCAGAGCUUCCUGAAGCAUGGAGAGCGAGAGGGUCGGUGCACCGACCCUCUCGCUCUCCAGGCUUCAGCGAAAGCCUGCAUUCGCCCCAUAGGACGCACACACAUUUCCCCUUCAUUUUUGGAGGGGAAAAAGUGCGUCCUAUAGGGCGAAAAAUACGGUACUUUCCAGAAACCAUGGGGAUGGCUCUCAGGAGCCCUGAGAUCAACCCGUCCCUCCUAUCUGAGCCCGGAAGGUGAUACUUUCUCCGCUGUGUUUUGUGGGUGGCGAUGUCCAGUGGCGUCGUGCGGACUGUUCCUCCUUUCACCCGCCCUCUGGUCUGGAGCGGCCUGAAAGAGCUCCUGUCACCCCGCGGCUCCGAAACGGACGAGACCAUCCACGCCUUUGUGAGGCGUCGCUUUGGCCAGGAGGUACGUGCCCAGAGGGGAAAUGUGGCAAUGCUCAUUUGGGGGAGUGAGCCAGGAAGGUUUUCUUAUGGUGGGGCGUUUUGUUUUGGCUGGCACAGGGCAGGGGGGAAAGGAGAAGCAGCCCAAGGGUGGGGCGGGGGCUGUCUGUCUUAUCAGCUCCACACAGGGCCUGAGAGAAGGGUGGGUCCCACUGCUGUCCCUGCCCUGCCUGUUUCUCUCACACAAAGCCUUCCAACAGGGUCAGGGUAAGGUGUUAUCAAAGAUAUCCUGUCCAUAAAAGAACAGGGCUACUGUCUGCUUAAAACAAGGGCAGGGUACUUUCCCCAUCUCCCGCCACCCUUCAGGAGAACCUUCCAGAAGCCACAUGAGUCAGAGGCAAAAGUGAGCACAGCAGUGAAUGUGAAUUUUACCGUUGCACAUAGAACUAGUUUGUACAUAACACUCAUUCGCCCCUUUCUGUCCUGUAUCGGGAAGUUUUUAAUGUUUGCUGUUUCAUUAUGUUUUUAUAUGUGUUGGAAGCCGCCCAAAUGGGUGGGGUAUUAUUAUUAUUAUUAAGGUAAAGGGACCCCUGACCAUUAGGUCCAGUCGUGACCGACUCUGGGGUUGCGGUGCUCAUCUCGCUUUAUUGGCCGAGGGAGCCGGCGUACAGCCUCCGGGUCAUGUGGCCAGCAGGACUAAGCUGCUUCUGGCGAACCAGAGCAGCGCACGGAAACGCCGUUUACCUUCCCGCCGGAGCGGUACCUGUUUAUCUACUUGCACUUUGAGGUGCUUUCGAACUGCUAGGUUGGCAGGAGCAGGGACCGAGCAAUGGGAGCUCACCCCGUCGCGGGGAUUCGAACCGCCGACCUUCUGAUCAGCAAAUCCUAGGCUCUGUGGUUUAACCCACAGCGCCACCUGUGUCCCUAUUAUUAUUAUUAUUAUUAUUAUUCUCCAUCCAGGCAAGUAAUAGGCCUGAUCCAAGUUCGAAGACACAUUCCAGCCAGGCAAAAACACCCAAGGACCAGCGAGAGGGAUGUGGCCUGCGGGAGAUUCCAAAGGGCCAGAUAGGAAGCCUUAAGGGGCCACAUUUGGCCCCAUGGUCUGAGAUUCCCCACUCUUGAUUCUAAAAAGCGCUGCGCCCAGCGUCAGGGUGUGUUGCCGCUUUCUUGCCUUGAGUGCUGCAUCCUUGAUCUCCACAGCUGGCUGACAUCGUCAUCGACAGCCUCUGCCGGGGGGUGUUUGCCGGAGACUGCCGGACCCUCAGCAUGCGCUCCUGCUUCCCGGCGCUGUUCCAGGCCGAGCGGAGCCACCGUUCUGUCAUCUUGGGCAUGGCCCUUGGCGGAGGUGAGGUGCCAAGGGGAGCCGGAGAAAAAGAAGGAGGCUUUUGGAUUGCAUGUUUUGUAAUUUCAGGACACAUAGAGUAGUUUCUGAUAUCAAACUUCCUUAUCUUGUAGGGAAAGGCCCCCCUGUGGAUUCUCCUCUGAUCCGCAGAGCUCGAGACGAGCGAUGGAGCCAGUGGUCACUGCGUGGCGGCAUGCAGACUCUCCCCGAAGCCUUAGAGGGCUUCGUGAAGCAGCGUGGGGUGGAGAUUCACUGCGGCGCUCCUGUGAAGCAGCUGGAGAGGGCGGCAUCCGGCUCUUGGAAGGUAAGAAAAGGGCCAUUGGGGAGUGAGAAAGGAGCAUAGGGUAGCUUCCUCUCUAGGAAUCUCCCUUCAGCUGCUCUGGAGGAAUUUUGCCCCACUCCUCUUACAGUAUUUCCGCAGAGGCCUGUUCAAGUCACGUGGUUAAAGUGUUGGGCUCAAAGACCUGGGAGAUGUGGGUUCAAAUCCCUUUCUCAGCCAUGAAGGUCACUGUGGACAACGCUGGGCCCAGUCACUAUCUCUCAGCUUAACCUGCCUGGACACUGAGGUCCAGCACCGAGGGCCUUCUGGCGGUUCCCUCGCUGCAAGAAGCCAAGUUACAGGGAACCAGGCAGAGGGCCUUCUCGGUAGUGGCACCCACCCAUCAGAUGUCAAGGAAAUAAACAACUAUCUGAUUUUUAGAAGACAUCUGAAGGCAGCCCUGUUUAGGGAAGCUUUUAAUGUUUAAUAGACUAUUGUAUUUUAAUAUUUUGUUGGAAGCCGCCCAGAGUGGCUGGGGAAACCCAGCCAGAUUGGCGGGGUAUAAAUAAUAAUAAUAAUAAUAAUAAUAAUAAUAAUAAUAAUAAUAAUAUAUAACCUGCCUCACAGGGUUGUUAUGAGGAGGGCGAGAUCCACAUGCUCCACUUUGUGAUUCUUGGAAAAAAGGUGGGACUGAAGUGGGAUGAUGAACAGUAAUAAAUCAAAGUCAUAUGAAUAAAUAAGCCACCAUCUCCUUGUGGAAGCACCUGCAACCAUGUGUAGGCCUUAGUCAGCUGCCCCUGACUAUAAAUUGAGUUCUAGCCAACUAAAGCAUACUCAAGAGUCGACCUACUGUUUUAUUAUUGCAUUUUAUUUUGCCACUUCCACCAAGCAGCUCACGGGGGGGGGGCAGGCAUGGCCCUCCCCUUCUCCAUUUUAACCUCACAACAACCCUGUGAGGUAGGUCAGGCUGAGAGACAAUGGUUGGCCCAAGCUCACUCAGUGAUCUUCGUGACCAAGUGGGGAUUCGAACCCCGGUCUCCCAGGUCCUAGUCCAGCGUGUUGGGUACUGCAGUAACCAGCGCUGGGCUUGGUGCCAAGGCUAAUUUUGGGAACAUCACCCAGAGUUUUCUGAGUGGUCAUUUUUUGUGGUGGUAGGAGGGCUGGACUUCAGCCAGAGAGCCCUGGCUGUUGUUGUUUAGUCAUUUAGUCGUGUCCGACUCUUCACUCCCAUUUCUUUAAGAACUUGCCAUAGUUUGCUGUGGUUGACACAGUCAAAGGCUUUUGCAUAGUCAAUGAAGCAGAAGUAGAUGUCUUUCUGGAACUCUCUAGCUUUCUCCAUAAUCCAGCGCAUGUUUGCAAUUUGGUCUCUGGUUCCUCUGCCUCUUUUAAAUCCAGCUUGCACUUCUGGGGGUUCUCGGUCCACAUACUGCUUGAGCCUUUCUUGUAAAAUUUUAAGCAUAACCUUGCUAGCGUGUGAAAUGAGUGCAAUUGUGCAGUGGUUGGAGCAUUCUUUGGCACUGCCCUUCUUUGGGAUUGGGAUGUAGACUGAUCUUCUCCAGUCCUCUGGCCACUGCUGAGUUUUCCAAACUUGCUGGCAUAUUGAGUGUAGCACCAUUUGGUAAAUCACUGCACUUGUGUUAGAGACCCUUCUGUGGCUGGCGCAGCGUGGAUUGAUGCUGGCUCUGCGUUUCUCCCUUAGAUAGCGCUUGAGGACGGCGUUGUGGAGGCAGAUCACAUCAUCAGCGCUUUGCCUGCCCAAGGUAGGAGAAUCCUCUGUCCUGGAACAGGGACCAUGGAGCCUAAGGACCACAUUUCAUCCCAGGCAACCUUGAAUAGACUCAACCUGCCUCUUCUCUCUCUCCAGCGCUUGCUGAGUCGCUUCCCGGCUGGGCCGAACCGCUUGCCCAAGAGCUACUGGCCAUCCGGGCUGUUUCUGUGGGGGUGGUGAACCUACAGUACAGAGAUGUGCAUCUCCCUGUCACGGUAAGAGGCUUUUUCAAUGCCCCCUGCUCAAAACGCAAAGCUUGCUGGUUCCCAUUGCAAGGAGCUUUAAGGGGCAAUGCAAGCAGGGAUAAUGUUUCUCGUUUCUCUCAGGGGUUUUUUUUCCUGUUGUGUCACACAGGAGAAAAUCCGUACAUGCCCAUAGUGAGAUCUAUUGUUUGGGGAGCUGGGGCUUUACCAGGUGGAUUUCUACCUGUCACAGAGCGCAACAGCUUUCAAACCAAAGAAAAGGGGAAAUGUGGCAAAAAUCUCCACAUGCCCAUAGGAAGAUGUAGCGGUUGGAGGAGGGGGUGGGGACACCUUCCCAGCUAGAAAUUCAACAGGUAAAGUUGCCGGGCACUGUCACGGGAAAGAUUUCUAUAUGUCCACAGAGAAAUGGAGUGAUGUGACAAGGGCUGGGGCUUAAGCCUUAAAUUUUGAGAGCUCUGGAGUGUACAUUUUUGUAAUGUUAACUUCAGCUAGAGUCAGUGGUCCUUGCAUGUCCUUGCAAAAGGUCGUGAUCAGCCCUCCCCCUAUUUUCUCAAGGGGGUGUGCCCACCCAUGUGCCCACCUGCCCCUUGAUCUGUGAGAUUGGCUGGGAAACCCAGGCAGGGCCUUCUUCAUAGUGGCCCCAACCAUUAGGAAUAGGUUUAAAUACUGUGUGUGUUUGUUUGAAUGGGUUUCGUUUGCGUUCCCAGAACCUUUAGGGCAGAGUUGAAGUAAAAAUAAAGAAACCUACACUUUGUGUGUAUUUUCUGCUAAUCUCUUUCUUCCAGGGAUUUGGGCACUUGGUACCCUCCUUCGAGGACAGCUCGCUGCUGGGCAUCGUCUACGAUUCUGUCGCCUUCCCCGGGCAGGAUGGAUCCAGCGGUCCUUGCAUGCGCCUGACAGUAAGAGCCGGUGGGAGGCGAGGGGCUAACCUCCCACCGCCACUAUAGGAUCAUGUUCUAAAUAUGGCUUAAUGCAGGCUUCGUCAACCUGGUGCCCCUAGAGGCUCCUCCAUUAGGGCAGAUGGGGCACUCCCCCACUAACCUCAGCUGGCUCGGAGCCAGCCCCUAUUUCCUGGCUGUCUUACAAGCAGUCCAGGAGGUGGCACUGCUUGGCAGCUUCCUCCUCCUUAGGCUCCGUGUUGCCCCUGUAAUUGUGCUCAUCGGGGGGAGCUCUAGGAUGCUGGAAGUAGGAACUGUCCUGCAGAAAUUGACCCACCCUGGCCACUAAGCCACCGCCCAGCUUCCCUCAGUCCAGCCCUUUUGGACACUCCGGCUUCCGUCAGCCUCAGAUAGGCUGGGAGUUCUCGUUCAAAAUGGGUGCUGUGCCAAAAUGGGUCCCAGAAGGCAAUGCAGCUUUCAGGCUGGGAAACAAGCUUUUUAACGUUCCGCUCCUUUUGCCCAGGUUAUGCUGGGCGGUGCAUGGUUUACAUCGGGGCUUGGAGAUCCGGACACCGUCCCCCACGCUGUGCUGCUGAGCCGGGCCAAGGCAGCUGUUAAGGAGCACCUGGGGGUCUCAGCCGAGCCCUCCCUCAGCAUUGUCAAGGUGCAGAAGGUACAGACCCUGGAGCUGAGAGAGAGAGAGAUGGGGGGGGCGGAGAGUGUCAGUCUUAAUUCCACAAACCUCCUUCUGUGUUCCAGCUGGAUGCACAGCUCCCAUUAAGUUCAAGAAUCACAGAAUCACAGAGCUGGAAGGGGACCCUGAGGCUCAUCUAGUCCAACCCUCUGCAAUGCAGGAAUACGCAGCUGUCCCAUGCAGGCAUCAAACCUGCAACCUUGACAUUUUCAGCACCAUGCUCUAACCAGCUGAGAAAAGUGAACUGAUUUAUGAUGAUUAUAUUGAUUUCCUUUAUUUCACAAAACGUAUAAUAAAUAAUAAUAAAAAUAAAUUUUAUUUAUACCCCGCUCUUCCCAGUUCAAAAACCGGGCUCAGGGCGGCUAACAACAAAUUUUAAACACUUUAAAACACUUAAUUAUAAAAGCAGCAUAAAAUACAGUAUAAAAACACGAAUAACAGUAAAAUUCAAAAUUCAAAAAUCAAUUAGAUAAUCCCCAGGGCUAGCUGGCUGAAUUGGUCCUACUUGGGCCAGCGAGGAGGCCAGGGGAGAAUUAGCUGUGGGGUCUCAGAGCGGGUGAUCUUCAUAAAAGGGGAGGGGGAGGGAAGAGAAGGGAAAUGAAAGAUCAGGCUGAAUUCAGAUUAAAGGCCAGGCGGAAUAGCUCUGUCUUACAGGCCCUGCUUGCUAAGAAGAAACCCUCAAAGUGGUUGACAAGCAGAAUGAAAAUGAAAUUAUCAGUGUGUGUGUGUGUGUUGUUGUUUUUUUAAAAAAAGUUAAAAGCAACUAUUUAAAACUUUUUAAUAAUGAAAACCAACAUUCACUUUUCUGCUGGUGAAUGGGCUGGGCAGCCUUAGACAAAGCUGCUGUUUUCAGCUGCUCCUUUGCUCCUGCAAUUUGGGGAGGGUAGUGCGCCAAGAUGGUGUACAGCAUGACAUAAAUGGAGAGCUUUAAAAAUGCAGAAUUUGGGCGGAGGUUAAGAACCAGGGUGCUUUGACCCACCGUCUGUGUUGCUUUCGUGAUGACACAGCCACUGUGCUGGUUGUUCCCAUGGUACAGAUGGAGAAUUGGUGGCAUGAGGAGGCUGUGGGGAUUUGAACCCAGCUCUCUGCUGUCCAAGCCUCAAUUUCUGUGUCUUGUGUGUGGAAGAAGCAGAGGAGAGGGUAAUGCAUUGGGUGAGAAGCAGAGAGAAAAAGAGUCGGGGAGGGGUAUUGAAGGGGAGAAGAGAAAGGGGUACAGGAUCUCUUUUUAUAUAUAUAACUCCAAUUUGUUUGAAAACAUUUUGAGUUGCUCAAGACCACCUGCAAACCCCUUUGCCCCUUCCUGUCUCUGCAGGCCUGCAUUCCUCAGUAUACACUCGGCCACUGGAAACACAUAGGUAGGCCUUUCUUUUUUAACUAUCAAGACAAUUUAAUUCAGCUAUUUGCAUGUUACACAGCCUUCCAAUAUGAGUGUGUGUGUGUGUGUGUGUGUGUGAUAGAGAGAAAGCGAGAAAGAGAGGCCUCAGCUUCAUUAAUAAAAAAAUAAUGUUUUGAAUUCAUUAUAAAAAUGCAACACCGGAUGGCGCCAGAGAGCAAAGAAAAUUCUAAGUGAUUUUUGCAUAGCGUUUUUUCUUUCUUUCGUUAUAACGAUUUAAUUUCUGACUUAUUUAUAGCGUUUUCCCCCCGUGUGUAGCUCCACCCUGAGAGAGAGAGAGCAAGAGAGAGCAAGCAGACACACAAACAGCCUAGCGCAGCAACACCUUUCUAUGUAUAUUCUAUCUAUAUUGUAUAUAGGAGCACAGGUCUUCAGCCAGGGGGUCGGGACCCCCAGGUGGGUGGCAGCACAGCUCUUUCUUCUUGCCAUGUUGAACUCCAGCUACAGCUGACCAAACCAAAGGAGCACAGUGCAUGCAGUGUCUGGGCCAGGGUGCAUCCUUAUGAAGACACACUCAUUUUUGCUACAGGGGCUGCAAACUGAAAGGCUAGAGCCUUUUUCCAUAAGAAGAAUAUUUCUGGCAAGCUGUGUAUAGCCUUCCUGUAGUGAGGGAGCUGUGACACUGUUUGCUUUCUGGUCUGUUUGUGUGGCUCUCUCAACUUCUCCCAGAACAGUUGAAUGAUGGGGACCAGAAUGCGGGAGGGUGGUAACUCAGCAGAAGGGGUGGCUGCAGGAAAUCAGCUAGCAGAGGCUCCCACCUGGAACCCUGGACAACCGCUGCCAGUCAGUGCAGGCAGUCCUGAGCUAGAUGGAGCAAUGGCCUGACUCGGUAUAAGAAGGCAGCGACACAUGUUCCUUGCUAACCCUUUGCUCUUUCCUUUAGAGAGCGCAGCGGCUUACCUGGAGCGGCAAAAGCUGCCUCUCAGCCUGGUUGGGGCUUCCUACGAGGGCGUCUCGGUCAACGACUGCAUCUCCAGUGCCCACACUGCCACAGCCAAGCUUCUCGGCCAUGUCUCCUGAGAAAGGCAGAGGGAACUUCGUCUUUCCUCGGCUUGUGGGACUCCUGCCCCAAAGUGCUCCUCUCAGCAGGAUAAGAACCAAGGCUGCCAGUGAACUGCCUGGAAGUGGGGUUGACGAAUCUCUUGGCACAAGAUCCAAGCCUCUCGCGCUGAAACGCAGAAGCGGGUGGUUGCGUUGGUUCAACUUGGAAUGGAUUUGCUCCUCUGAGCUUAUAUCUAUCUGGUCCGCAAGCACCACACACUCUGUGCUCAGCACUGUCUGGAGAAGGCCUCGCUGAGGACUAGGAGCAUGCGUUGCUGCAAUUGGAAAAGCGGGCGUCUAGCCCCUGGCUUUCCUCCCUCCCUUGCAAUUUGAGGUUUCCCCUGGUGCUUGGAAGUGUUCGUUGCUUUGUCUGAAGAUUAUGGGGAAGGUGUCUGAGAUGCUCUGCUGUUGGAUGGUGGGGUUUGUGUGGGCCCUGCCUGCUUCCUUCCCACCACCCUUCAGUUCUUCAUAAAACUGACUAUUUCAUAAAUGUCUGCUAAUAAAAAAAUAUAUCUAUCAGCCCUACUGCUGGGGGUGGUUGGGCUGAUUUCUCGCUCCCAUUAUUUGCGUACAUAAAAGUGCAAAGCUUGAGGAUUCAGGCAGUUGUGAAAUCCACGCAGGUCUCCUCCUGUGCAGGAGAUCUAUAGCAGGCAUUCAUUAGAAUUCACUGUGCAGCAAGACUGCAAGUUACACUGGAGUUCCGUUCUUGGGCUCAUGCCUGAAGCCCAAAUCUCUCAGUGGUGGCCAAACUUGGCCCUCCAGCUGUUUUUGGACUACAACUCCCUAGCUAACAGGACCAGUGGUCAGGGAUGAUGGGAAUUGUUGUCCCCAAACAGCUGGAGGGCCAAUUGCCAAAGUCACUUUUCCUGGAAUCCUGCCCCCUUUUAAUUUUUUUUUUUAAUUGUUGCCAUAUGCAUAAAGCUGAGUGUGCACUAGUUAAAUGUGUGUUAAGUUGCGGCUUUAACUUGCAAUGCAAUGGUAUACAUGUGCCUGCUCAGAAGUAGGUGUAUGUUUGCAACAGGGCUUACUUCCAAGUUCUGACUGCGACAGAAAUUAUUCUAGCAAGUAAGAUCAGCAUCGGCUGCUGUUGCUGCUUUGUUUGCGAAUGACACAUAGCUGGUUUGUGCUUCCUUUGCAUUGAAAUGAAUGGACUAACAU